UUUGAAUUGUAUCAUUAUUUAAUAUAUAAUAUUAAUAAUUCUUAAUGAUUAAGACAUUGUUUUAUAGCAUACAUUUAAUGUUCUUUUUUUAAUCAUUAACAAUUAAAAGAUACGAAUUUAUUAACAAUAUAUUUCUAUAUAUUAAAGGAACAUAUAUAAGAAAUCUUGGUUUGAUAUAAAAUUUUAAGCAGUAAAAUGGCAACUCGUAAGAGUAUGUCAUGUAGAUUAAUAGAUUCUACUAUACAUUCCUCUCCAGUUUCUUCAUCUCCAUUGAGGCGAAAGUCUAUACUUCCACAAAAAUUAAAUAAUUUUGCUUUAUCAGAAAAUGAUGAUGAAGCAGAACGUUUGGCCCGUCGCAGAGAAAUUACUGACACUUCAACAGCAACAAUAACUUCUACAAAUUCAAAUGAUAAAAGACGUUCCUUAGGACUUAGUUUCCUAGUAAAUAUGCCACCUUCUCAAAUGGCAGAACGUAUAUCUCAAUGCAUAAAGCUUGGUACAGAAAAUAAAAUUAAUCCAAAAAAUGCAUUUAGUUUAGAAAUGAUUGAUUUUAUGACAUAUAUGAUUAAGAAAAAAGAUGCAAACAUGUCUAAUUUGCAAGUAGCUACUACAUCUUUAGAUGUAAGCACUAAAAUUUAUGGAUUUCGUGUUGAUGGUGUACAUAUGGAUAUACUUAAAAUGAUUGCUGGAAUAGAUAAACAAAACAAAUAUAAUGAAAAUCAAAAUAAUAUAGAAAAAAUGAAUUUUCAGGAAGUAGAAGAAAAUAAUUUUGAUAGACAAAAACAAGAGAGAAAAAAAAAAAAAAAAAAUAAACAAAAAAUAUUUGCUACUGUAGAUACUUUGAAAAUAAAUAUUGAAACUGAGAAACCUUCAUUAAUAACAAUAGAAGCAGAUUUACAAACCACAGAUAUGUUAUAUCAAGUAAUGUUACCAAAUCAUGCAAAUUCAAAGUUUUAUCCACACCCAUAUAAUGAUAUUUUAAUAGACACAGUAAAUAAUAAAGAUAUUCGAGAUAAAAAUACAGUAUAUAAUAUUCCAAAAAUAGCAAAUUUUUCACAUAUGGAAAUCUGUCCUCCUUUAUUUUAUUUUGAUUUUCAUAGUUGGAAUGCAGAUGAUGAAUUAGAAAAAAUUCAAUCAGAACAAAGUAAUGAAAAUAGAUUUCAGUUUGAUCUUAAUGCAAGUUUAUCCAAUGAAGAUGAAUGUAUAUCUACUGGUAUGAAUUAUUUUGAUAUUGAAAUUACAGAAGAGGAACAUAUAGAUAGAUGUGUUAUGAUAUCUAACCAGGUAGAAAAUAUUGUAGAUUUUCGUGAAGUUUUAACCAAGACAAUGUCAUUAAAAGAUUCAGAAUAUUCAUUUAUUCAAACAAAUUUAAAUAUACAUUGGGCUGGUCCAUCUCAUUGGAAAGUAACAAAUUUUAAAAAAGCUCUAUUUAGUAAUAAUGCAGAGACGCAACAUUAUCAAUCUAAAGUAAAAAAAAAAAAUAAAGAAAUAGAACUAUGUUAUGAUGAUGAAACAAUUGAAAGAGUAUGUGCUAAAUUUUUACCAAGUCAAUCAAUUAAACUACAUGCUAGAACUGCUAAAAUUGAAUGGAAUGAAGAAAUAUUAACCUUACCUCCUGACAAACAUUAUAAUAUCAAACAAGCUAGUAAAUUGUAUCUUCAUACAACAAUAUUUAAAAAUUCAGAAAAUAUAAAUGAUAUCAAUACUAUUUCUUUAAUUAAUGACAUGGAAAAUUAUAAUCAUAUAAAUGAAAAUGAUAUAUUAAAUUAUUCUAAUAAUUAUCAGGAAUAUCAAGAAAAUGAAAAUAACAUGAUUAAUAAUGAUAUACAAUCUCAAGAUGAAUAUAUAUCAGAAACACAGAUGCCUUUUACUGGAAACAAUCUAGUUGCUGCACCAAAACUUACAAACAAAUUAUCUAUUACAUAUUGUAUACAUCCAAAAAGAAUUGAUAUGAAACAAUUAAAAUAUUCUAUUUGGGAAUGUUUAAAAUGUAAAAAUGAUAAGAAUAUUCAAGAAACAAUAACUAAAAAAGCAAUGCAACAAGAUACUAACACUAAAAUGAAUGAUAAUAAACUUUUCAGUGAAAUUUAUAAGAGAUUACCAAAUAUAUUAACUAAAACUAAUAUUGAAGCUCUAAGUUUUCCAAUUUCUUUUGUAUCUCUAUUACAUUUAGCAAACGAAAAAACAUUAAAAAUAAAUUCUUCUUCUGACAUGUCAGAUCUUAUCAUACAACAAGAUUAAAUAUAAUUUAUCAAAUUAUAAAUAAUUAUAAACAAUUAUAAUAUAUAAUAAAUAAAAUAUACUUAAUAUUUAAAGAAUAAAAUAUAUUAUACUUUAAUAUAAG